CAAAAGGAAAGCAUACUAAAGAAAUUAAAUAUUUAAAUGAUGAGUAGUUCUUAUUGUACUAUAGCGGAGAGGUGGGAGGUGCUAAGCGGUGGCACAAACUGGGAGGGACUACUAGACCCUCUUGACCUUGACCUCCGAAAAUACCUGAUUCACUAUGGGGAAAUGACCCAAGCCACCUACGACACCUUCAACGCCGAUCUGUUCUCCAAGUUCGCCGGUAGCAGCCGCUACUCGGAGGCCCGUCUCUUCUCCAACGUUGGACUCGAAAAGGGUAACCCGUACAAGUACGAGGUUACCAAGUAUUUAUACGCCACGUCCUCCCAUCCUGUCCCUGACGCCUUCAUCGUCAAGCCUAUUCGGCUUGGCGCUUGGAGCAGGGAGUCGAACUGGAUGGGCUACGUGGCGGUGGCGACCGAUGACAGGAAGGCGGAGCUGGGGAGGAGGGACAUAGUUGUGUGUUGGAGAGGGACGGUUCGAGCGUUGGAGUGGCUUGAUGAUUUCGAUAUAUCGUUAGUGCAUGCACCUGAGAUCUUUGGUGAUGGUGGUCGGCCUAUGGUUCAUAGAGGGUUUUACUCCAUUUACACUUCAAAAAAUCCAGCUUCUCCUUUUAAUGUCACUAGCGCAAGAGAUCAGGUCUUGAGUGAAGUGAAGAGAUUGGUAGAACUAUAUAGGAACGAAAAGGUGAGCAUAACCAUCUGCGGGCAUAGCCUGGGAGCAGCACUUGCAACCCUAAACGCAAUCGACAUAAUGAAAAGUGGAGUCAACAAACCAAGCACCGGCGAAAAAGCUUUUCCGGUGGUGGUUUUCGCAUUCGCUAGCCCUAGGACCGGUGACAACAACUUAAAGAAGGCCUACGAGACGACUCCAAACCUGCAUCUCUUGCGUGUCCGUAACGUGCCCGACGUGGUCCCACAAGUUCCUCCGGCGACUCCGUUGACCGGUUACACGGACGUCGGCGUUGAGCUGACGAUCGACGUUACAAAGUCAAAGUUUGUGAGGCAGCCAGGGGAGUUAUUCAGCUGGCAUCUUCUGGAGCCUUACUUGCAUGGAAUUGCCGGAACAAAAGGGGUCAGGAGUGGGGAUGGGUUUGAGCUGGUGGUCAAUCGCGACUUUGCUUUGGUCAACAAGUAUUUAUACUAUUUGAAGGACAAAUAUGGCAUUCCCGGGAAAUGGUGGGUUGAGAAGAAUAAGGGAAUGGUUCAGCAGAAUGAUGGAUCUUGGAAAUUGAUGGAUCAUGAAGAGGAUUAUAUCCCAACACCACCACUUUAAUUUAGUGACUCAAUACAUAAUCCCUUUGGUAAAUAACUUUUCUCUGUCAAAAAAACUCCAAGUACCAUACUAUCUGAACUUAAUAUGUUACUUCAUUCCAAUCUAUUGUUCUAAAAUUGUAAGAUGCUUGAGUUAAUUAAUUUGUACAAUAUUGCAGUAUUAUAUGGAGAAUAAAACACCUUUAACGGAGCGGGC